UUCCGAUGUAACCUAGGAAAUCAAGUUGUAUCAUAGCAUACCUGUAAAGGAAUCAAAAAAGCAUUCAAAGGUGCUUACGGGAUGACGUCAUUGAAUACCUUGUUGCUAUCGUCGAUUGUUACGAGACUGAAGGCAAGCCGUAAUGCUGGGAUUACACCGUCAGCGCGACCGUCGGGGUCGUAUAGCUGCAGCUGGCCACACCGAAUGCUCGGCGACGACCUGUUGAACCGGGAUGACGUCGCCCUUGACUCUUGGCCUGUCAAAGUACGCACUUCAUCAAGUGAGACGACAAGUCUCGAGCGGGUGAGGGUGAAGGUCUACUCGGACAAUGGUCAUGACCGUAGAGGGCCCAUUCGAGCAGCCGCGUGAGGCCGCUAUGUGCUGCCACCUCAUUUUAUCAUGUAUGGACCGCAGCGCCUCUCGUCACCCUUAGCGCUUGGUCGAAUGCACUGCUAUGCCUCACCGAAUACACUGCGAAUAGCAGCGAUACGAUACCCGCCCGAGGCCUACACUC